GGGGUUGCCCUUAGAAAGUUGAACCAGAGAACAACGAACCACUCCACAAUUUCAAUCUCAACAUGGAUGUACAUAAAGUGUUCCACAUGACCGGUGGAGCUGGCGACACCAGCUAUGCCAAGAACUCCUCCCUCCAGAAGAAAGCAUCGGACAUGGUGAAGUGCAUAAUCAUGGAGACUCUUCAAGACCUCUACCUGGAAACAAGCCCCACCGCCAAGAGCUUGGUCAUAGCCGAUCUGGGCUGUUCCUCCGGACCCAACUCAUUGUCAAUCGUCAGAGACAUGAUCCACGCCGUAGCCGGCGCCAGCAGGAAAAUAUCGGCCCCGGCGCCGGAAAUCAGAGUGUACCUGAACGAUCUCCCCACCAACGACUUCAACUCGGUGUUCAAGGCCUUGCCGGAGUUCUACAGGGAGGUGGCUGAGAGUGACGGUGGCCGGCAGUACUGUCCCUCUGUUUUCGUAGCAGGGUACCCCGGCUCCUUUUACGGCAGGCUCUUUCCGGGCGACUGCUUGCACUUCGUCUACUCCUCCUACAGUCUGCACUGGCUUUCCAGGAUUCCUGCUGGGCUGUAUGGGGAACAGGGGAAGUCCAUAAACAAGGGCAGUGUUUACAUAUCGGAGAACAGUCCGCCGGAGGUGUCCCAAGCUUACCAGAGGCAAUUCCGGCGGGAUUUCUCACUGUUCCUCCGAUGCCGAUCGGAGGAGGUGGUGGAGGGGGGACGAAUGGUGCUGAUCUUAUUGGGAAGAGCAGGCCCUCAUCAUCUUGACAGAGGCAAUGCCUUCUUCUGGAAUCUCCUCACUCGAUCCUUCUCCAUCUUGGUUUCCCAGGGAGAAGUGGAGGAGGAAAAGCUGGACUCAUAUGACGUGCACUUCUAUGCAGCAUCCCAAGAGGAGAUAGAAGAUGAAGUUAGAAGAGAGGGAUCUUUUGAAAUUGAUCGAUUGGAGACGUUUGAAAUAGAGAAGGAGGACAGCAGCAAGAAUGAUGGGACAAGCUAUGGAACGGCGGUUGCUAUGACCGUUAGGGCAAUCCAACAGUCCAUGAUCUCCCACCACUUCGGGGAACACAUUUUGGAUGCUCUGUUUGACAAGUAUGGAAGACUGGUGGAUGAAGAAAUGGCCAAAGAAGACAUUAGACCCAUCACUUUUCUUGUGGUUCUUAGGAAACUUGCAACUUGAAAUAGUAAAAAUUGUACUUGAAAACUGUUAUGUGACGUCCUGAUUUUUCAUACAAUUUUUUUAAUAAAUAAUAAUAAAUAUUCACACGUCA